AUUCUAGAUGAACUUUCAGCGACAGUGGAUACUCCACCCUCACAGCAUUCUGAAAACUCUAUUGUGUUACCCUACAAAGAGCCUGUUUGGUCAGGCAUUCCAGAUAGCAACAGUAAGCAAUAUAAAUUUGAAGUUCUAAAGAAUGGUACAAUAAUAGAAACAAUCAAUUUAAUGUCACAGUCAUUUUGGGUUUUCGGUAGAAUUACAAGCUGCAAUAUUUGUAUGCAACAUCCAACAAUUUCCAGGUAUCAUGCAGUUCUUCAGUACAGAAAGGAUCCAUCAGAAACAGAAAGUUCAGGAUUCUACCUCUAUGAUUUGGGAAGCACUCAUGGUACUUUUCUCAAUAAAAAUAGACUCAAACCGAAGGUAUACGUUAGAAUGCAGGUGGGCCAUAUGCUGAAGCUUGGAUGCAGUACGAGGUCUUACAUCCUUAGUGGUCCUGAAUAUGACGAAGAGGAAGAAUCAGAACUAACGGUGACGGAAUUGAAACAGAAAAAGGAAGAAAUGCAACUGAAACUAAAACAAGAAGCACUCAAACGAGAAAUGGAAAUUGAAGAAAGAAAGAAAAGAGAAGAAGAAAAGGGGAUUGACUGGGGUCUGGUGACGAAGAUACUUAUCUACAUAAACAGAUUAGCUAUGAAGGGAACGAGUGAGAAGAGAAUGAAUUCGAAGAGUUCACCAACGGUAGAAACAUAUGAAAGUUUGCUGGAGAAGGAAAAAAACACAACUGCUUUGAUAUUAGAUCUCGAGAAAAAACUGGCUACUUCUCAGGACAUGGAUAAUAGUGGUAAUAACUCAACUGCAGAGGAAGAUUCUCUUGAUACUUUCAUGAAAGAAUUAAAUCAGUCAAAGAUUGAUAAACAAGCGGCAAGUAAGCUGAGAAUAGAGCUUUCUAAAAAAAAGAAGGAACAUGCCAACAUAAUCAAGUUACUGAACUUAGCUAAACCCACAAUGUUACCUGAAUUGGUUCCUCAGAGCAUAUCCAACCCUAGCACUAGUAAGGAAGUGAACAAGUAUUCAUUGCCUAUCAUAGGUAAAAGAAAGAAAAUGAAAGUACAACUGCCAGAAAAACCACCUGACUUACAUCUGGCUGCAAAUUCUGAUACGACUUAUGACGAAGAAGAGGAAGAAGAUGAGUUGGAGAAGGAGGAAGAAUUACAGCCUGAAAAUGUUCCUUGUGAAGAAAUAGUCCCUUCAAGAUCACCCAACCCGUACGAAGAAAAUGAAUCUGUAAGUGAGUCUGUUUCUACUUCUUCAUCUUCAGCACUGUCAGAAGAGGACGAAAUGAGGUCCCCAGAUUUCAUGUCUAUAAAAGGAUUACAUGGCACCAUGACUUUCAAGAAGUUUGAAAAGAUUUUGAAGAAAGGACUUCCUCCUUUUGCUGAUAAACAUCAAGAUAAGUUGGAAAAAAUUCUCAGCAAUCUUAAAAAAUUGGCAGCAAGUGAAGACCGAAUGCAUGUUGAUUGGAAAAUGUUGGCUGCCAAAAAACGUAAGGUAAUGAAACUAAUAUCUGACUUAAAACAUUGUGAGCCUAAUGAAAGACUAGAACAUAAGGUAUCAGCAGAACUCAACCGAAUUCUGACAGAAUUAAAUACAAUGACUGAGCAAAAGUAUAAGGUUAUAGGUAAAGUCAAAAAAAUGGGAAAUGAAAUCAAAACCAUUUCUGAAGCAAUUGAUAAGGACUUCAAAGAAUACAAAAAAGAAAUAGAGAAGAGUACGGCGCCAGCAGUCUCAGAAAUGGAAUCAAAAGUUUUGGAAUUGCCAAAAUCUGUAGAUAAAAAUCAUGAAGAUAUUCCAGAAUCCUCACCGGACAGUAACCUGAAAAAUGUGGAAACCAAGAACUCUGAAAUAUCUCACAAAGAUGAUCCUCAAGAAGAACCGUCAACUUCUGGUGAAACAUGCAGUGAGGAAUUAGAUAAGACAAUAUCACAGGAUGAUAGAAUGGACACUGAAGAACCAUGUGAUGAUAGAAAGAAGAAGAAGAAUCAGAGGAGGAUACAGCAAAGAUAUGAGAAAGUCGAGAUUGAGAGGCGGCGAGGUUAUGAAGAGGAUGCAACUAGGGAGGACUAUAGCAUGUGGGUUCCUCCGAGUGAUCAAUCAGGUGAUGGUAGGACUAGUUUGAAUGAUAAAUAUGGAUAUUGAAGGUUCAUAAUGAUAAGAUUAUAAUAAUAGAACUAUUAAGGACUUUUGAAACGUAGAAUUAGUCAUAGUCAGUAUGUCCCAAUUACAUAAUUGGCUAGUUAGUACAUUUUCUGAUAUUUUUCUGUUAUGCAACUUUGUUAACAAAAAAAUACAAAAAUUAAGUUCAUUA